CUCGGGGUGCAAGCACUUCAAAAGUGGACCAAAAUGCUGUGAUGUCUGAAACUGUUGCUGAUGUGGAAGCUGUGAUGACUAAAAAUGCUGCUGAUGUAGAAGAUGUGAUGACUGAAACUGCUCCUGAUGUAGAAGAUUUGGUAAUUGAAACCGCUGCUGAUGUAGUGAACCAAAGUGCUGCUACUGGAGAAGAGAAUGAAGAGGUUGGGGUAGCUGGAGAGGACAAAACUGUUGCAGGUGGAGAAUUAAACAAAGAAGUUGAAAAUAAACAAGAGAAUGUUGAGCUAAAGCCAUAUACAAGAAAGAGGAAGCUUAGAAAGUUAGGUGAUGCAGUGUGAAUUACAGGUCACCAUUUCUUAAGAACAACAUAAGGUUG